UAGUGUGCACAGUGGACGCGGGACAGUCGCCUUUUGCUUGUCCUCCUCCAGGUUGGACAUCUGGCUGUCCUGUGGACAAGAAGACAUAACGAAGGCCAACAAUGUGUCAUGCAGAAAGCUGUCGGCCGCGCAAAGCAUCCUGGGAAGUGUAGUCGUCUGUGUGCAGUCAUGUUCGCCAAGGACUAACAACACGGUGUAGCCUGAAGGUGCACCACGGCUCGUUUCCAUGGACAACACGUCCAUCAUUACACAGCUUGCAAACCCCAAAGAGGAGGAGAGCGUUUGUUCAAGUCCUGACAAAGUCUCGCAGUCCAACAGCAGCCUGAAGAAGCACCGCAGUCGCAGCAUUUUCAGCCCGUUCUUCUGCUGCUUCCGCAACUACAAUGAGUACCGCGUGGAGCCGCCACCCGCCAACAACAAGACGCGCGCUCUGCCGCCGCCUCCCGAAGAGAACGGCAGUCCUCCCAAGUGUGACCAGGUGCAAGUUGCCCCCCUCCCUGCUCCUCCAGCCAAGUUCCUCCUGCCCGAGGUCAGUAUAACAGACUACGGCAGGAACUGCGUGGUGAUUGACCUGGACGAGACGCUCGUUCACAGUUCCUUUAAGCCCAUCAGCAAUGCCGACUUUGUGGUUCCAGUGGAGAUUGAUGGGACUGUUCAUCAGGUGUACGUGCUGAAGAGGCCGCACGUGGAUGAGUUCCUGCAGAAGAUGGGGGAGCUCUUUGAAUGUGUCCUCUUCACCGCCAGCCUCGCCAAGUACGCCGACCCCGUAGCCGACCUCCUGGACCGGUGGGGGGUGUUCCGCGCUCGUCUCUUCAGGGAAUCCUGUGUGUUCCACAGAGGAAACUACGUCAAAGACCUCAGCCGGCUGGGCCGAGAGCUCAGCAAGGUCAUCAUCGUUGACAACUCACCUGCCUCCUACAUCUUCCACCCCGAGAACGCCGUCCCGGUCCAGUCCUGGUUUGACGACAUGGGCGACACGGAGCUGCUGGAGCUGCUCCCCAUCUUUGAGGACCUGAGUAAGGAGGAAGAUGUUUACAGCUUCUUACAGAGCCUGAAGAGCAGGUAGCAGAACCCACCUACACACACACGCCUCACUCCCUGGGAGGAAAAGACUCUGCUAGCGUACGUACGCAUCUCCUUUCCAAGAAGGGUUUCAAUCAAACACGUCAUCUUUUAUGGACCAAAAAGACACUUUGUGGUGGCGGACUUUCUUUUGGGUUUGGAUUUCUUUGUGUUCCUCCUCCUGACGACUCUUCUCUCUCAGAAUGAAGUGCCUUCAUUACUGUGCUGGUUUCCUUGUGUGGGGUCCGCAAAGACCCCCAAAUAUAAGCUUACAAUCCAGUAUUGCCACAAUAUUUCAUCAAGAAGAAAACACGAGUCCAUCGGGUGAAAAUCAGCUUUGACCUUUUGACUGGGAAGUGGUCCGCAGCCACUGAGAAAUCUGCAACCUUUCCAGUAUAUUGAUUAGAAUAGACUGUGUGAAAGGCUAUUUAUGGGGGGGCAGCGGUUAAAUAUGAAAAUGGUACUGUACAACGUGAUUAAAGCUGCAAGUUUGCACACACUC